AUGUUUAACCACUCUGAGUGGAUAUCAUACCACCCAAAUAGCAUUUGGAACGAGACAAAUGAGAAGUGGGAUGAAGGCGACAUGGGAUGGCGGGCAGUGGGUGUAACACCAAGUAGAUUUAUGGAUAUUCCAAGCGAUAGAGAAAUGGGCGAGAAGAGCAUCCUGCCAAUAAACUUUGCAAGCAUGUUUCCCAGAAGAUGGUAUUCCAUCGUCGAGUUUCCAAGUGGUAGGCUUGAGGUUGGCUAUCACUCGAAUACAAUCGAUCUGGGCACGUAUGUGAUACUGGAAGCCGACCGGGGAGAGGACUGCGGAAAGAUAGUUGGAAACAUGAGCGAGCGCGAGUUUGAGGACUCGGUAUCGAAGAUAAGAGACACAAAGGGAGAGUUUGAGCCAAAGAAGAUACUCAGAAAAGCGUCCCUUGACGACCUCAACAAGCUAAAGCAAAGAAAAAGAAUAGAAGCCGAAUCUUUGAGGCAGUGCAGAGAGCUGGUAGGUUCCCGAAAGCUGAAUAUGGAGAUACUAAGCUGUGAAUAUCAAUGGGACAUGAAGAAAAUAACGUUUUACUUCAAAAGCGACAGGCGAAUAGACUUUAGAGAUUUGUUAAAGGAACUGUUCAAGUUGUUCAAGGUAAGAAUCUGGAUGUGUGCAGAAAGGAGGACCAAUAAUGAUUUAAUUAAAAAAAUACUAGGAUAA